UUUUUUGUGGCGGUAUGGUGAAAUGUAGGUAUUCCAAUAGCUAUUUUUUGUACAACAGAUGCUUACACCGCCGGACGAGACGUGGUUCCAGAAAGGGAGACGUCCCUUUGAUUCGCUGCCAGUAUCCUCACAUCGUUUAUCAGAUUGCUCCUACCUUACGGCUUCCCUCCAAAGACUCCCCGUAACGCCUCUUUCUCUUCGGCGGGUUCCCCCAAGCACGCGAGCCGGAACUCAGCGGCUGCUCUGCUUCGUUCUCUGGUUUUCCUCUAUCGUUUGCGUCCGCUUCAGCUCCCUUCUUUUGUCUUUGCUCGUUUCUUCUGUUUUGCGUUGGAAUUUUCACUAGAGGCCCACGAGAGCGGCACCCGGCGCCGAGAUGUGACAGUCCGGAGAAGCGAGUCACGGCUCGGGCUGCCUGACUCCCCGCUCGUUAGGAAGGCAACGUACCUCCCAGGGAAGACUCCGAAACACGAACUUCAGAAAAUUCAAUUACUUAGAGGGGUAAAAAUCCAGUCUUAUAUACACCUAUGUGUGUCUUGUUACCGCCAUUUGCAGAGACGCGGUACAUAGAAUGAAACCCUACUUCCCGAUGUCGCCGCCCUCCGCGCCUGCGCCACACAGCAUUUCUGGCGCGAACGGUGACUCUGUGGAUCUUCUGUCUUGUUUGAAUAUGUCUUCCUGAAGUCGCAGAGCUUUCUCCCUUUUUCCAGUCUCAAAUGCAUGCGGGUGCUUCCUCACGGUUCGCCAAGCAGCUCCGCCCGUGCAAGGUUUCGCUGGCUCGUCGGCUAUUUUCGCGCCGUCCACACCCGUGUUUCGUCUCCCGUCAAGUCUUGCGUCUUUUCUUCUCCGUAUAGUCUCUCACGGUUCUCUCUCUCCUUCCCACUCUGCAUCUUGUCAGUUCUCGCGCCUCCUGGGUGUUCUGUGCCUCUUCUCUCGCCUGUCAUCUUCCUACGCCUCUGUUUUUUCUCGAGUCGCCCUCGUCUCCUCCCGCCUACCUCUUUGAUCAUUCGCCUCUUGUUUUGCGUUCUCGCGCUCUUUCUCUCUCCGUUAACUCGACCGUUCCUCGUUUCCCCUCCACCUUCCCUCGGGGACUCUCUCUCGGUCCUUCUUUCCUCCCGCGCGGAUCCGAGCCACCGUAGAACAUGUUGUUCUUCUUUCUCUCUCCUCUCAUCUUCUCACUCUUGUCCCGGUCCUGAGCCUGCUUGCGCCUUCUGUUCCUCGGCUCUCUCUGCGGCUCUCUUGCGAGGCGCGUGCGAUUCGCGCUGUCUCCUUCGCUCUCCCCCUGCGCCACACUCUCGCUGUCGCGUUGUUCAUCUCUUCUUCCUUCUCUUUGCCCCUCGCUUUCCCCUCUUACCUUCCACUUUUUCUUUCUGCUCUCCCUCCUGUGUAAAGAGGAGAUGAAAGAGUCGGCGGAGUCUGGGGCGUCUUCGCGGCGCCGUUCGUCGGGGACGCCUGCGCUGGACUGGAGCACGCAGAGGCAGCAGCUGCGGCGAGUCUCUUCAGGCUCGAACUUUGCGUCUGCGGCGACUCCUGAAGAUUUCAUUUUCUUUGAGCAGUUGCCGCUGGUCCUCGACUUGGGCACUGCCUUCAUCAAGGCUGGCCUGGGAGGCGAGCCGGAGCCGCAGUGCGUCUUCCGUGCAGGUCGUCCUUCCGAACUGGAAGAAAAUGGAAAGCUCAUCCCGAGCAUCUACGUGAAACAAACGGCGGCAGAAACGCAUGAGGCGCUCAAGUGCAGGCUCCGCAUCGCUCUCGACGAUCUCUUCUUCCGUCGCCUCUCGAUUCAGCCCCGGGACCGGGCCUUCGUCCUUUGCGAAGGCCUGAUGAAGAACUCCUCCGAAAAAGCUGCUCUCGUCGAGCUCCUCUUCGAAAUCUACGAUGUUCCAAGCAUUUCGUUCAUCCCCGACCUUGUCUCCCCUCUCUACUGCUGCGGAGUGGAUACAGGCAUCGUUGUCGAUGUCGGAUACCAAGACACACGAGUUCUGGCGACGGUCUUGGGGUGUCCGUACCUCCGUUCGCUGACUGCGGCGGGCGUUGGCGGAGCCUCUGUGGAUCGCGAACUUCGCCAGUUGCUGCGGGCCUCCUUUGCGAACGAACCAGCGACUGUCAGUCUGGUCGAGUCGCUGUCUCCGGAACAAAUCGAAGAAAUCAAAGUGACAUGCUGCUACGUCGCCUUCGACCUCCAAGAAGCUGCUUCACAGCGGGAGAAGAGAGAUGCGAAGAGACGCGAACCAGCGGGAGAGACAGUCGAAUUCGCACAAGUCGAGAGCGGAGUCGAGGCCUUCAAAAGCGAAAAGGCGAUUCAGUUCCGCGUGAACAAAGACACGAUUCUGACCAUCAGUCCAGAGUGCCGGUGGAAGGCAUGUGAAGUUCUCUUCGGCGCUGCGGAUGGCGCAAUCUCGUCCAUCCAAGAGGCCAUUGUGGAAUCCAUUCGCAAAUGCCCUUUCGAAAUGAGAAGAUUGAUUGUACAAAACAUCCUUCUGUGUGGAGGUACAACUCAGUUUCGAGGCUUCACAACUCGACUGGCCGUGGAACUCGAAGCGCAUUUGGCGGAAGAGCCAAAGCUUCAAACACUCCGACGUUUCGUCCAGUUCGGCGUUCCGUGUUUUGCUCCUCUUUUGCGAGCGUGGACGGGAGGCUCCAUGCAUGCAGGCCUCGAAGGCAGACAAGAGUACACAAAAACUGAGUACGAACGCGGAGUUCCUGUGCCCGACUGGACGUCGUGGAUUUUCCACUCUCUUCCAUCGUCAGAGGAUGCCACGCAGGCGUCUGCAGGAAACACAGCCGAGACUCACGAGCCUUCUUCUCCAGAGACACACUGACGCUGUCGCUUCUCUCUGAAAAGGCGACGGCAGAAGGCAAACUAAAACUCAUGAAAGGGAAAGGAGAGGACGGAGGCGGGCCUCUUGAGCGGGUCUCUAGGCGUUUUUUGGGUGUGUGGUUUGCGCCCUGAAAGGAAGACUUGGACUACGUAGUGUUUUCUGCAAAAAAGUAACUCUCUGACCGUCUCUAGCCACUCCAAGCGGAGCGUUUUCUCUCGACAGCUGCCGCAGAAGUACUGAGAGGUCUUGUCGCAACUCUUUACUGGCUAUAAGUCAAAUGCCAAUGGGUGAAAGGCGUAUCUCGUGGCCAUAUUCUCGAUGUGCAGCUACGAUGCAACAGCAAGAGAACGGGUCUGAGUGCGUGCCUAAUAGAAUGAUAACUAGCGUUUUAAAAGUUUCAGGGGGAAGGAACGUUUUUUGUUUUAAUGCGACUAUGAAAAAGAGACCGUUCGAGGACGAUCUACGGCCGAAAAGCGCACCUUUCGAUCCUGGGACAGAGACGGGCUUUUCACCGGUAGAUUUAUGAAAAACUCGACUCUUCGAUAGUUUAACCGCUACUGUCGGGACUGUAUGUUAUGUACUUGCGGCAGUACUAAGAAGCCUAUUUUUCCGAAUAAAUUUCAGGGAAAACCUAAUAUUCGCAAACCCUUCCAUUUACUCAAAAUUUGUACAGUUC